CCCACACACACACACACACACCUCCACCCCCCCCCCCCCCCUCCUCCCCUCCUCCCCCUCUCGUGGACCAUCCUUUGCGACCGAGGGGAGUUUUUGCUCAGUCUCACUUUGCGUGGAGCAGCUCGUGACAGAGGAGCAGACCCCGACCAGGAGAGCAUCAUGGGAAAGCAGAACAGCAAGCUGACUCCUGAGGUGAUGGAGGACCUGGUGAAGAACACGGAGUUCAACGAGCACGAGUUGAAGCAGUGGUACAAGGGCUUCCUCAAGGACUGUCCCAGUGGCAGACUCAACCUGGAGGAGUUCCAGCAGCUCUACGUCAAGUUCUUCCCCUACGGCGACGCCUCCAAGUUUGCGCAGCACGCCUUCAGGACCUUCGACAAAAACAGCGACGGCACCAUCGACUUCCGAGAGUUCAUCUGUGCUUUGUCCAUCACGUCCCGCGGGAGCUUUGAGCAGAAACUGAACUGGGCCUUCAACAUGUACGACCUGGACGGCGACGGCAAGAUCACCAGAGUGGAGAUGCUGGAGAUAAUCGAGGCCAUCUACAAGAUGGUGGGCACGGUGAUCAUGAUGAAGAUGAACGAGGACGGCCUGACUCCGGCCCAGCGGGUGGACAAGAUCUUCAGCAAAAUGGAUAAGAACAACGACGACCAGAUCUCGUUGGACGAGUUCAAGGAGGCGGCCAAGAGCGACCCCUCCAUCGUGCUGCUCUUGCAGUGUGACAUGCAGAAGUGAGACCUCCACCACCCCAACACCACCCUUUUCCUCUAAGCUCUGCUCGCUCCCUGGCCCCGCCCACACCUUACUCCCUCAGCCCCCCCCCCACACACACACACACACACAGGACAGCAGCACAUUCGGUUUUUCUCGGCCCAUUUCCACAGGAAAUAAGAGGAAGAAGAAGAAGAAGAAAAAAAAUGCUUGGACUAUUUUUUCAAUGGACUCGCUUCUUGUGGUCGUAUGCAUGAGAAUGUCAAAAUAUGCUGAAUAAUUUUGAAUAUAUGCUCCUUCUUCACGGCUGUAACACGCUUGACGUAACAGUAAUAACUCCUAUCAUAAUUGUAAACCCUCUCGGAGAGAGGCUUCUUCCCCAAAAGUAUUGCAUGCAUAUAUUACGUGUCUACAAAAAAACAAAAACAAAAAUACAGUAUAUAUAUAUAGAUACAGUAUAAAUAUAUAUAUAUAUAAAUAUAUAUAUAUAUAUAUAUAUAAAUAUAAAACCAUUUCAUUUUCUUUUGCGUCUUCAAAAAGAGAAACCCUAUUGUUGUGUGACCCUGAGGAGGGAGCAUGCUUCCUGCCAUCUUUCUCUCUUUUUUCUCUUUGCUUUUGGUGCAUAUCGACAUGUUUACAGAAACAAAGAGCACGGCGAGGAUUAAAAAAAAAAAAAAAAAAAAAAAAAGGAGAGUAGGGACUUGCAUUCCAAAAAAAAAUACAAAAAAAAAUCAAUAAAAGUUUACUGGACACACUGCAUUCCUAUAUGUCGAAAAACCUUCUAUUGUAUGAUCGAAAAACCUUCUAUUGUAAGAUCUAUUCCAGGCUAUGCAAGCACGGACUGAGUGUCUGCUUGUCAAUGAAGAGCUUUCCUCUCCCGCACCCCUAACUUAUGAUCAUUAUUAUUAUUAUUUAUCUUACUGCACACAGUUCCAAGUCUCACCGCAGGUCUUUGUCAAAGUAAACGUUUCUAUCGACAAUGAAAACUCAUGAAACAAGUGACUGUAUUCUUUUCUACGUGUGGCAUGUGUUUGCACCCUUACACAAAUGAGUUCUGUCGUGAUUAAAACCAAUAAACCACAAAUGGGCUUUUUGCAAAAGACACAGAGGA